AUGGCAAGCGCUCCCAACGCCGUGGACGAAAGCGAGGGGAACGUGUCCUGCAGGUGGCACAUGACCGAUGGAGGCUGGCACAGAAUGCCAUGCUGCACACCGACCACACUCAUUCUGAAUGCGCCGGGUGUCCUGGCACGAUACGUUUGGCCUUCUUACUGUUUUUACAUGAGGAGAUCAAAGUUUCCACAGGAGUUCUUUUCAUAUGAAGCUGAGUGGGAUUUCGGCACGUACUUCACCUUCAAACCUUUGGAAUUCCCAAGUAUCUAUAGAGGAAAUCGGACUGCCAACAGUUAUUUAUCCAUAGAGAAAGCUGGAGGAGUAGAGUCCCCUGCACCCUCUGGUGUCCUGAAGUGGGGUGGAGUGCACGCAAGAGAUGGAGACAGGCCACUUUUAAGAGCACUUUACGACCCCCCGGAGACCCUUGAUUGUACCGUGCCAGGGCAGAGGGCAUCCAAGGAGCAAAUCCAGAUCCUUUUACAAAACUCCAGAGGUGCGGCCUACUGCAGUUACACGGGUUGGGAAACCAUCAGGGGGUCAGAGCCAGACUACGAGCUCCUGGGAGGUCACACCACCCCAGUCAGACUGCCACUUACCCAAGAUAAAUAUGGGAAUGUUAUAUCAAAGCACAUCAACAACAUCAUGGAGUUACAAACGCACUCCAGUCUCCCCCUACCUUUUUGGAUCGGCGAAAGUGUCUUCCAACUUUCUCUGUCUCAUCAUCUCAUCCGAUCUGAAGCUAUCUCUGCUCAGCAAGUGUCCUCCGCCCAUAGCGCCCUGCUUGCUAUUAUGUGUGUAACCCUGUCCAGCUGUCUUGCAUUCGCACAACACAAACUGGACGUCUCAGCACGAAUAUCAUAGGCCCAUGACGUUUAACAGCGGUGAGGGAAGGAGACAUACGGAACAGUUUCAGAGCUCUGAUGAACAGAGAAAUAUAAAAACUGCUCAGAUUUAUGGACUGAGGAACGCCAGAGCAGCUUCUGAUGGGAGCAGGCCACUCGUGACUUCUCAGAUCUCUGGAAGUUCUGGGUGGAUGAUCAAUGGCAAAGUUUGAAUUCGCUAAACAGAAACUGAUGGUUGCGGUGAUUGAAAUCGUCCCUUUUCUUGGUGUCUCUGGACUAUUAGCGUGUAUGGUAUGUUCUGGCUGUACGCUGACUCUGCUAGGUA